AAACAUUUGCCUGCUUUGUUUUUAAGCUCAGAAAAUAAUGCAGAAAAUAUAUUUCGAUCAAUUCUUUUUGGCAUUAGAGCAUGUUUACAUGUUCUAACCUCAAAAUCCAGUGUACUGUCAAUUAUUUUUGAAGAUAUUUUAUGGUGUCAUAACAAUUAGAUAAAAAUGACAGAAAAAAUCACUGUUGAGAAACUUCCACAUCAUGAGCAACAGGAACUUUGUAGGACAAGAAUUCCUUACAGACAGGGAAAAAAAUUGACUGCUGUCAAGGUUUAUACAAUCAACGACGAAUCGACGCAUUUAUUAGUUUGUGGAGUCCCAAAACUACAAUUAAAUAAGGAAGUAAAGAAACUUUUCUCUCCAUACGGUGAAAUUAAAAAACUUUGUUUACUCCCCGAUUAUCCAUCGGAAGAAUUCACCGAAGCUUUUCACGUGCAUUAUGGUCGCAUACAGAGUGCCAGAAUAGCGAAACGCUUCGUCGAUUGUAAAAAUUUUUACGGCGGUCUCUUGCAUGUUUGCUAUGCGCCUGAACUAGAAAGUAUUUCGGAAACAAGAGCAAAACUUAUUCAGAGGAAUAAGGAUGUCACGGUCAGGAUUAAAAGACACAAAUUGGAUCCCACCAAUCCUGAAAUCGACCAAUUUGUUGAACAGGAACAGUAUCAUAGAAAGAAAAAAACACCUGCAUUGCCUUUAACUCAGGAACGACUCGAUGCGCAUUACCCCAAUGAAAGUUUAGGAAACGGAAUGUCACAAGUAAAAGAACCGAGUCUUCCUCAAGAAUUUUGUAGCGCAAGUACGUCAUCUGGAAUUCAAUACAACAACAUAAUUAGGCCUUCAAACAUUAUUAAACCGUCUCCUGAGUUACUACAAGCUCCUUAUCAACCCUACGAAACCAUCAUAAGAACUGCAAAUUCGCGAAAAUUGAAGAGGAAGAACUAUAAGGGACAAUCUGUUGACCAAGGACCAAAAGUUAGAGUAAUUCGACCUCAACUUAUAGAUACCAGGAAUAUAGCAAGGCGAGUAGAACCAGAGAAAAAAGUAUUCAUAAAUGCGAAGAAGGUCGAAAGUGGUAUCAACAUCAAAAUUCUACCCAGAACUGAGACGAAAAAACGGAUUGUGAUAAAAGAUCCAAGUGUGACUCAACUCGUACGACCCAGUGCAGAUCUGAAGACAUCAAUUCAAGUCGCCAAAGAUCAGAUACGACAAGCAAUGCAAAAAAGCACUGAGGCGUAAAUAAGUAGUAACCUAAUUAUUAAAGAGGUCU